GUCUCGUCCACAAGACUAACAUCUAUACUAAAACAAAAGCCUAUCCUCAAAUCCAAAAUCAACAAAAUGGAAAACUUGAUAAGUUUCCAGCUUCUACCUUCUCUUUUCUUUUGUUUUCUGAAAUUUAUUUUAUGAUGUUAUUAACUUUUUUUUUUACACAAGUUAAUGUCAAAUUUCUUUAAAAUAAAAAGGACAAAAGAAGUAAUAUUUACCACACAGACAGAACAUAAUAAAAAAAUAUAUAAAAAAACAAAAUUAAAGAAAAAAACAUCAAAUGGAAAAAGCUUGGAAAGGAAACUGAUUCAGCUUUCUUCCAAUCUUUUCAACCAUGGCCCUUGGUCAUUAAGGCUUAUUAUUUAUUCUUUUUAUUACUAAUAGUGUUAUUUCCAUGGCCUCAAUGCUUGUACAACCACUAUUCCCAGCUUUUCCUGUAAAUCCUCAAAUACAGAGAACCACCAACAAGAUAAGAACUCACAGAUUAUUCACAACCCUGCAUCAAAGAACUAAGACCUCUAUAUUUGGUGAGUGCCCACCUGGGACCAUCCCCAUUUUCAUAGCCAGAGAUGCAGAACAAAGCUCUGGCCUAAUUGGGGAAGAAUCACUUACCCAGUUAAAAGCUGAGCUUUUCCAAGCUCUUACAGGAAUCAAUAGAGGUAUUUUUGGAGUCCCCUCUGCGAAAAAAUCUGAGAUUGAAAAUCUGGUUAGGCAGCUGGAGUCUCAGAAUCCAACUCCAAAUCCCACUAGAAAUUUAGAAAAGGUAGCUGGAAACUGGAAGCUUGUGUAUAGUACAAUAACAGUAUUAGGAGCAAAGAGAACAAAACUAGGAUUAAGAGACUUCAUCUCCUUGGGAGAUUUCUUCCAGACCAUUGAUGUUGCUAAGAGCAAAGCAGUUAAUGUAAUCAAGUUCAAUGUGAGAGGUUUCAAAAUGCUAGAUGGGCAGCUGACUAUUGAGGCUUCCUUCAAGAUUGCAUCCAGAUCAAGAGUAGAGAUCAAUUAUGAUCACUCAACAAUUAUUCCAGAUCAGUUAAUGAAUAUGUUCCGGAAAAAUUAUGAUCUUCUGCUUGGCAUCUUCAAUCCAGAGGGUUGGCUGGAAAUCACUUAUGUUGAUGAUAUCUUGAGGAUAGGGAGGGAUGACAAAGGCAACAUUUUCAUAUUAGAGAGAUCAGAAGAAAAUUAACUCUAUGCUUCUUUAGGGUUAAAGAAGAUCAACUCUAAAUGUUUUAUUUUCAUUAAUGUAACCUUUUCUCUGUUCUUAUCACUUUUUGCUCCACUUCCAUUGUAAUUAUAGAUUUAUAUAGAUAAAUGGUCACUUCACCUCUUUGCAGCCAA